UCGAAUGCUCAUGUUCUCCACGUAAUAUGGCAUUUGCAGCAAGAAGUCUGCGACUUUUCUGUAAAGCGUACAAUGGCAGCAAUUGUAAGGCAUUUUGUACUUUGCGGGAACCCAUAAUCAAAGUGAAACAUAUCCAGGCAACGCAAAAAUAUCGUUGUUUUGCCGAUUCAAACAGACCUGGAAUAGCUGGGAGCUUAACGAACAUACAGUCGACAAUUGGUGGUAAUCAACCCCAUGCACAAAAUGUAUCGGAAGGGGAAAAACAAAGACAAAAGGAGGAAGAAGAGCGUAAACAACAAGCAGAAAAUGAGAAGGACCGAGAGCGCUCGUGGAAAAUGAUGAAGUAUGGUUUUGCAUUUUUUGGGGUAUCGUUGACCUUCGCUGGUAGUGUUUUAGUCUACGAACUAGGCAGACCAAACCGCGAUGAGCAUGGAAAUGUUAUAGAGGAUGAGUUUUCUCAUUUACCGUUCUUUGAACAACUUUACAAAAGGCUUCGCAGAGAACUUACAUAUUACAAAAAGUUUGUGCAAGAACCUAGUAGAGAAAAAUUACUUCCUGAUCCUCUUAAAUAUCCAUAUGUUCAACCUCCGUACACGUUGGUUUUAGAAAUGACAGAUGUUUUGGUACAUCCAGAUUGGACGUAUCAAACUGGUUGGAGGUUUAAGAAAAGGCCAGGGGUUGAUCAAUUCUUGGAAGCAAUUGCGCCGCCACAAUUCGAAACUGUUAUAUAUACAGCAGAACAGGGAAUGACAGCCUUUCCCAUACUCGAUGCUUUGGAUCCUCAAGGAUAUAUUAUGUACAGAUUAGUUAGAGAUGCCACUCGUUUUGCCGAUGGACAUCACGUUAAGGACUUGAAUGCCUUAAACCGAGAUCUCAGUAAAGUUAUUGUAAUCGAUUGGAAUGGAGAUAGUGUAAAAUUUCACCCAGAAAAUACGCUCAAAAUUCCUCGAUGGACUGGUAACGAUGGCGACACGCAAUUAUAUGAUUUAGCUGCAUUCCUUAAAACAAUAUUGGCAACAAAUGUGGAGGAUGUCAGAGAUGUUUUAAAUUACUAUCGACAGUUCGAUAAUCCAUUAGAGGCCUUCAGAGAAAACCAACGAAAAUUAUUGUUACAAAUAGAAGAAGAAGGAAGUAAGUUACAAAAAGAAGGAAGCACAGUACUUGGCUCACGAUGGAAGCCUUCAUUUUUAAAAAAUCGUUCAUAGAAAUGAACGAUUAAGUUCACAAAUUUGUACAUUAAAAUAUUUGUUACAUAUUCUUUUACCUUUCACCAAAAAUGUGUACUUGAGUUUUGUAAUCAUUCAAAACAUACAUGCAACUUUUGCUUAAGAAUGGAAUAAAAUACAUUUGUGAAUUAGUAAUA